GCGCUGGUCGUGUCGUGGUGAGCGGUGUGGUGCUGAUAGACCGGUUGCUGACGGAAGGGGGCGUGCACGGUGCUCGGCUGGUGGAGGGUGUGAGCAGAGGUGACUGGGUCCGGCGCCUACCAUCACCGACGGUCGUCCUGUCUCCCGCCCACCCCGACACCGGUGCUCGUCCGUGCUCCGACCGCCAUGGCGUCCCCGGCCGAACGGCAUGAGCCAGCCUAAGAUCGAGCUAGUCCGUCUAUCGUCGUCUGAGUUCCGCGCGUUUCCGCCGAUUAAUUUCGUGCAGCUGUGUGUCCGGUACAGUCACCGCCGUAUGGAGAGCUACGCCGGUCUGGCAGGUCGCGGUCCGCCGCAGACUGCCGCGCCUGCAGAGCCGCGCUGCCCAAAGUGCGUGAAGCGGCGCCGCCCGUGUGCCCAUCUCGCCGACCCGGCGCGGCCGUCCGGCUGGGGUCGGUUCCGACCCCGCCCCGCCGUCAAGUCGCUGGAGAAUGUGACCCGGGACGACACGCGGCCGGUCACGACCACCAAAUCCUGUGAGAACAUGCUGCAGGUGCGUCGACAGCCCCUGGCCGGCGAGGGACGCCGCUCGUCGCCGCUGGUCUGGCGCGAGACCACCCGCUCCGAGGAACAUCUGGCCGGUGGAGCGCCGCCGCCAGCGCCGCCCGACCUGCGAGCCGCCAAGAGUCAGGAGUACUUCCAGAAAUACACGAUAGAUGGCAGUGGGGAUCUGGUGCCGCUCGGACUUGGUGGAGGCUCGCAGAGCGUGCCCGGCAGCCCCCGCGGUCUAUGGGGAAAGUCUAGCACAAUGCCAAACAUGCACCGGACGGACGAGCCGCCCCCGGAGAAGCCCCGCAGGACGAUCUCUAGUUUCCUGAAGCGGCUACAGCCGCGCCUGCUGCGCGCCAGUCUGAGCUCACGGGGGGUGGCGCGCCGACCCUGGAUCGUGGUAGAGUUUCAGGACGUGGACGGUGACAGAACCAGCGUCGGUUCGCAGGAGCGAGAGACGUUUGGCUCGGCGCAGAAGGUGUCGUUAGUGAAAAGUCGCCAGAGCUCUCGCGAGGAGCUGGGCGCGGGCACCGACUCGAUGCUCGAUCUGAUGCGUCGAGGACAGGUGACGGCGGGGAGCGGGGGCGACCGAUCGUCGCCGGCGUCUCACACCGGACAGGGACGGACACCGGCCGGCACUGGCGCGCAGCCUCGGGUCGGGCCAGAAGGUCAAGCCGCGACUGACCUGGGGUCACGGGUCACCGUCGGCGUCGUCGAACCACGAUCAUCGGCGACAGCAUCGUCCCAGCAGCCUCUCCAGUCGCCCAACGGAACCAUGUUUUCUGAGAAGGAGUCGGUAGGGGGUCUGCACCUGACCUCCACCAGGAUCAUCAUGGACGCUCAGAAGGAGCUACGAACAAAUGGCUGCGGCCGAGACCAAGUGGACCGGAUGGCUGUAGGCGACGUUUCCCAGAGGCUGAUGCAGGAGACGCACACCCUGAAAACGGCCAUCAAGAGCUCGGAGGUGGUGAAGCAGGCUGUGCGGAUGCUGUCUGAGGACGAGCGCACCCCGCAGAAGCGACCCUCCUACGUCGGCAUCUCGUGCAGCGUCAGCGGCUACAGCCACCUGAGUCGGUACGGCGCGCUCUCCCACUCGCGCGACAGUUCUCCGGCGCGCGGCCUCCGCUCGCUCAGCCGCGACUCGUCGCCGCCCGGCGGCGCUGGCGGCAGUCCGGCGCCGCUGGCCGAUGGCGCCACCGUCCCCAGUCCCAGCCGCGUCAGUCUGAUCAAACAGCAGCUCAGAGAGGGCGGCCGGCUGACGGACGAGCGCGGCCGCGACGGCCACAGACCGGCCCACCGCGCCGACCAGAUCCGUAGCGUCAGCGUGGACCGCGGCUACCUGCGCCGCUACCGGACCGAGAUGGCCAGCCUCCUGAACGGCGACUCCUCGCCGCCGGUCAGCGCUAGCACGCGGGCGCCGCGGCUGGACGCGAAGAACCGCUCGCCGAGCGCCACCACGCCGGAGCAGCCGGCCGGGCCGCGGUCCGGUGACACGACACGCGCCGGCACUGAACGCAGCGCCACCGCCAGUGUGUCGCGGUCGUUCGUGCAGGCACGCAUCGAGCGCCUGUACGGGCCCGGCGCGCUGUGCUCCGGGUUCCGGCGCAACAUGAACCUGAACCGCUCGCUGCCGAGCCGGCCGACGCCGGGGGCCGGCGACUCGUCUCCGGCCGCCCCGUCGGCGUCGGGCCGUCCGGCGCCGCUGCAGCUGACGGUGGACACGGGCUCGGCGGCGGACCGGUCGGCGGCGCCGGCCAGUCCCGGCCUGCCCGUGUUCAGACACCUGCGGCCCGAGUUCCGGCAGCAGCUGGCCGUGAAGCCGGGCCGCGGCGGCCGGGCCGACCGGGAGCGGCCGCUGCCGCCGCCGGCCGACACCUCCCCCACGCUGACGGCCGUGCCACCCAUCACGGCCGCCGACCCGCCGCUCAUCAGCGACACGGCGCCCGUCUCGCUCGGCGGCUCCGAGGUCGAGCCGGCGCCCCAGCUGGACGGCGAGGAGGAGAAGCCCGGACACCGCUUCAUCAAGAUUUUGGACGCGGAAACGACGCGUAUAUUGGCACUGGCAACCAAAGCCGAGAACGACCUGAACUCGCAAACACUGACGCCCGAGAUCGAGGGCAAAGUGCGCGCCGCCAAGGGCAAGGCCAACCUGCUGAUCGCGCAAAAGUUCCAGCAGUUCCGCGGACUCUGCGAGAAAAACAUAAAGGCGCCGGCCGACGACCCGUUCCCGACAACCGGCGACGACCUGCAGGGCUUCUGGGACAUGGUGCUGAUCCAGGUGCACCACAUCGACGCCAUGAUGGCUGAGCUGGACGCCAUCCGAGCCAACAACUGGCGGCUGCCUGAGGUGUCACCGCCGCGAGAGUCAUCACAGAGCGCCAGCAGCACGCCCAACAGCAAAGCGUCCAACGGCUCGCGGCGUUCGGCGCCCUCCGACCCGGCCAAGGCGGAGGCGGCGCGCGCCCGCUCCGCCGCCCGCAAGAAGAUGAUGGAACAGCGCCGCCGGCUCAUCGAACAGAAGCGGCGCGACGCCAAGGCCAACGGCGACUCGGGAGACGUCGAGAUCUUCGUGGCCGACGACAAGUGAGGGCCGGAGGCGGCGGCGGUCUGGCCAUGUGAUAGCUGUGUUCCCGGACGGCCGGAGACGCCGUCCAGUGGCGCGGCGCCACUCCAGACGCUCCCAUCGCCUCACUGUGCGCGACGGAGACAGGACUUUCACUCGAUCAAUUCCAGAUGACAGAGACACAAGCGUGCACUGUAGAAAUUGACAUUGUGUGUUGAUCGUCGUGUUUAAUUCUAUCUACUAAUAUGUACAGACCCAAGACAGGUGGUUGCUGGAGACGUUUUGUGUGCGAGGAUCUUUAUGGUGCUGCGUGGCUCCAAUAGCUAUGGCCGUGAACGUAUUGGGCGUAUGAGUUUUAAUUUAUUACCUUGAUGACCAGGUGUUGGAGCUACGUUUGCGCCUAUUGCUGCGGGCUCUGUCCCAGGCUGGCGGCUCGCCGAUCGGGGCUGGGUUGGAGGGGGAGGGGGUACCGGCAUCUAACGGUCGGGGGGCGGGGGGGGGGGGGCAGGCGUCGCCGUCAGGUUGUCAGCUGAGAGAGAAGCCCGUUGUGCCCGGGCCCGUUGCGCCGCCUCGGCCCCGGCGACUGACGUAUAUACCGCCAGCUGCGCUGUUUUGGACUGUGUUGCCAAUCAGUCCGGUUGAGUCGUGCUUUUGACACGCCCCGCAUGCAGUGGUUAGAUAUUUACGUAGGAUAUAUUUUGCUACCAUGUUUUCUCUGUCUUGAAUAAAUGAAUUACUUUAACGGACAACA